AUGAGUGAUGAAAAACUAAGUGGUUCGGCUCCUGAUCUUUCUUCAGAAAACCCAGCACAUGAAGAAAGAAUGAUCGCCAAUCGCCGCAAGCGCGGCCAUAACGAUGAAUUCACGGAAGCCUUCGCCCAGUUCACAAGCCAGAUAAAAACUAUGAUGAAAGAUUGGAAGGUCGAGUUCACACAAGAAACUUCGCAAAUUAACGACAAACUAAACAAGCUACAAGACUCUUCUCAAGAACUGAAUGACCAAUACGAUGCUGUCGCAAAGAAGUUAGAAGACCAAUCAAAAGAAAUUAAGGCCAUCUCCACCAUGAACGCGGAAAUAACCGAACUUAAAAAGCAGAAUAUGAAACUCUUGUCUGAUUUCAACUCUAAUGAGCAAAGAGAUAGAUUGCUAAACAUCGAAAUAGUGGGUGUACCUGAAACCAACAACGAGGACCUGACUGGAGUAAUACUGAAAUUGGGUGAAUGUACUGAAGUACACUUAACAAUAGCCGAUAUCAUUCAAGUUAACAGAGUAACGCCCAAAUUGAAGAUUCAAGGCAGACCUAGAAAUAUUAUCGCCAAACUGCGUAUGCGUCAACUUAAGGACAACAUUAUCUCUCAAGCUCGGAAAUGUCGCUUAAGUACCAAGGAUCUGGACAUUCAAGGCAAGGUAUAUCCGACAAACAGCAUGGGUUCUUGA